CGUACACGCUUCACCGACCGGCCGUUUCUAAACAUAGGCAUCGGGAGCCGGGGGCAGGAUCAAGACAUGGCCACAACAGCGCCGGUUUUAGAGAUCCCAACUGUCUGGGAAAGCCAUUGGGGAGGGGGGGAGAUCUUCAAUUAACCCCACCACGUCCAAGACAGAAACGUGGGACGCGAUUGUUUAACACAUAUAACCACGACGGCAUCGCUCAAACUCAGAGGUGAAUUUUAUCGUGUCACUUCACUUCUCGCUUCUCGACGUCUCUUGGCUUUUGUUUGAAAGGCACCGAUACACCGGCGCCCAUUCUAAUGUCCGGGUCCGUCCGCAUUAACACCCCGACACAACGCAACAACUCUGUCCUAGACUAAAGAUCUCACGGGAGGAUAAAAAGAAACGAAUAAAAAAAAAGAAGCGACAACAUGAGUUCCUCGCUCUGCACGCUGUCGACGUGCGACGUGUCCGAGAGUCCGUACGGCUUCCGCCCCGCGCUGACGGCGAGCGCGAUCUUCGCGACCGUCUCGGCAGUCUGCCUCGUCAUCAACGGCGCCGUCGUCGCCCGUUCGGCCCGGCGGCAGCGCAGCGCCACGCCCUUCUCCGUCAUCGUCACGCUCGCCUGCGUGCUCGAGAUGCUUGGUUGGGUCGACCGCAUGGCCGGCUGGCGCGACCCCUGGGCCGUCUACCCCUUCAUGCAGAGCAAGGCGCUCCUCACAAUCGCUCCCGUGCUCGUCACUUCAAGCAUAUACGUCUGUCUCGCGCCGAUGGUCCGCAUACUCGGCACGGAGCACUCUUUCGUCAAGCCCGAGCUCUACACCGUCGUCCUCCUACCGCUAGAUGGCCUCGCCCUCCUCCUCCAGGUUGCCGGCCUAGCCGUCGGCUUCCAAAACGUCCCGUACGCCCUCGCCUCCGGGGACUCGUACGCCCCCGACGCCACCGGCGCCAGGAUUGUCCUGGCCGGUCUGGCCCUGCAGCUCGCGACCCUGGUGGCGGCGAGCCUCUUCCUCGCCUCGGUGCUCCUGCGCGCCGCCCGCGCCCACCACCGAUACGGCUACACUACCUUCCACCGCGAUGUCGGCUACGUGCCCCUGACGGGCCGCUUCCGCAUCUUCGCCGGCGCCGUCCCCUCCGCCAUGCUAGUCCUCUUCGGGCGGCUGUGCUUUCGCGUUGCCGAGUAUGCCGAGGGUUGGGGCGGCCCCCUCGCGACGGGCGGCGAGGGCCUCUUUGUCGGGCUGGAGGGCUUCCUCGUCGGGUACGCGCUGCUGGCUAUCGUGGGGUGCCACCCGGCGCUAUUCCUGAAAGACGGGAAGAUGGUUUCGAGGAUCGAGGCAGAGCCGUUCGUCGGUAUCCAUGUCACCGGCAGCGUCGGGCAGGGAGUAGAACACGAGAGGGAUCUGGAGGAGAUGAGUAAGGUUUAUCAGAGGCACCACGAGGAGGAGCGGAGGCUGUCGAGGCUCGACCAUGUUUGAAUUAUGAUACCCCCCUGAAUUAACGCACCCGGUAAUUUUUUAUCAAUAUGACAUG